AUGCAGGAGGAUCUGGAGUAUGGUCUCUACCCGCCGCAGAGAUGGGAAGGCAAGCAUUUGGACGGAGUCCAGGUUUAUGCCAAGGAACAGUACCUGAUGGCUGGUGGCUGGAAUCCAGAUGCCCAGUAUGAUGCCUUCCUCUAUGGACUCUCUGAGGCCAUCAAGGAUGAGAUCGCCACCCGUGAACUACCUUCCACCUUUGAUGACCUCGUUGAGCUUGCCAUCCAAGUGGACAAACGCCUGAAGCAGCGCGCCGGGGAGCGAGAGUUCCGCCCUCCUCCAAGGUCACCCUCCUCGGAAGUCCCUCUCCCGUCCCUGCCAGUGCCAGCUUACCCCAGCGUACAUGCAAUUUUUACUGGACAGAACUUCCCUUACCACUGCAAAACCGACUGGAUAAUUGCCAUUAGCCCUAACUUAACAUAUGAAAAGCAACUCAACCUUACCAUCCCCACUAGAGAAGAUGGGGAGUAUGACAGCUGCAAGAUGUUCACACCUGUGGAUUUGGAUUUGGAAACGAUUGAAGCAUACGGGAUUAAUAGUACCACAAACUGCAUUGAAGGAUGGGUUUACAAAAGGCCUGAAAGCACUUCCAGUUAUAUGACAGAGUUUAAUCUAGUUUGUGACGACAGCGGUUUAAAUGAGGCAACCCAGUCCAUUUACAUUGUGGGACUUCUGCUUGGAGGGCUGGUAUUUGGAGCAAUGGCUGACAGGUUUGGCCGCCGGUAUGUUGCCCUGCUCAGUUUGUUUCUCCAGCUCUUGUUUGGUGUUGCCUCGGCUUUCUCACCACACAUCUAUGUUUACAUUGCGCUUCGAUUUGUCGUUGGUGCCGCAGUUUCUGGCGUUUGGAUUAAUUCAUAUGUCAUAGGGGUGGAGUGGACCUGUACCUCAAAACGGGGUUUUGUCAGUAUCUCUUCACUUACCUUUUUUUCUGUUGGACUGAUGAUGAUGUCAGGCGUUGCCUAUUUUGUCCGUGAUUGGAGGAAUCUACACCUGGUGUUCUCAAGCCCUCUGAUCCUGUUACUUCUAGCCGGAUACUGGCUCAUGCCUGAAUCAGCCCGCUGGCUUUUGACCCAGGGCAGGGUGAAGGAGGCGCAAAAGGAGGUCCUGAGGGCAGCCAGGGUGAACGGAAGAACCAUCUCUGAGGCCAUGCUCAGCCAGGAAUCACAUCCAAAUCAAAAGGGCAUGUUGGACAUUUUCAGGGAGCCAUAUUUAAGAAAACGUGUUCUCGUCAUGAGUUUUAUGUGGUUUGGAGUGAAUAUGGUGUACUAUGGAUUCAGCCUAAAUGUUGGCAGUUUUGGCGUGGAUAUCUACCUCACUCAGUUCAUCUUUGGCCUUGUAGACAUUCCUGCAUGCAUCGGCAGUGCUGUACUCAUUGAGCAUUUUGGGAGGAGAAAAUGUCAAGCCGUGUCUAUGUUUUUUACUGGCAGUGCUUGCAUUUUGAUGCUGGCGAUUCCAAAUGACUUUAUUGCGGCUACGACAGUCGUCGCUUCACUUGGGAAGUUUGGAUCCAAUGCUGCCUAUUCCGUCAUCUAUGUUUACACUGCAGAAAUAUACCCGACUACUGUAAGGCAGAGUGGGCUUGGUAUAAAUUCCAUGUGUGGUCGUAUCGGGGCCAUCCUAGCUCCUCUCAUCAGACUACUACAGGUCUACCACCCUGCCAUCCCUAUGGUGUUGUAUGGCACCAUUCCCUUAAUAGGCGGGUUGCUCUGCUUUCUGCUGCCCGAGACCCUCAAUGUGGAACUCCAGGACCACACAGAACAGAGCAGGCUGCAUAGGCCCUUCUCGGCCAAACCCCAGAGUCAGCCCUAA